AUGUCGUCAGACUCUGAAAACGACCUCUUCGGCGACGAGGCAACAUCUCCCCCCGCCCCCGCAGCCUCCUCGCCCAAGGCUGCCCCUUCUCCCGGCGGCGGUAGCAGCCCAGCUCCCGGUCCAGGCCCCGACCUGUUUGGCGACGAGGACGACGCAGAGCAAAACAACCGCGAGCGCGAUUCGAGGUCACCAUCCACCCCGCCAUCCACCCCCGGCUCGCCAAGCCGCGCGCUCGAGUACCCCGAGGAGGAUGUGGAGGAGACGCACGAAGUUGUCGCCGACGUGCCGGUGCCAGCCUGGGCACGCCUGAAGCCCACAGACUCAAAGGUGUGGCACCUCAAGUUGCCGGCGUACGUCAAUGUCGAGGCUCGUCCGUAUGACGCCGACUAUUACCGCGCAACAAACGAGGAUGAGGACAAGGAGCUCGUGGGGCCAGCGGCAAAGGGCAAGAUGAUCGGUGUGCGUAACACCGUUCGCUGGAGGUGGACGACGGGACCCGAUGGCGAGCCCGUGCGCCAGAGCAACGCGCGCAUGCUGCGAUGGAGCGAUGGCAGCGUCUCGCUCCAGCUGGGCAGCGACUUGUUCGACCUGGCCCCUUCAUAUGGUACCACCCUGGCGAGGCCCCGCGACGAUGCCCCUCCCAAGAACGAGGACCAGCGCGGAUCGACUGAAACCACGUUCCUUUGUGUUACCGCUCCCAACGAGCAGGUCCUCGUCACCGAGGCUGCCAUUGCCGGCCAGCUGUCCUUGGUCCCAACGUCGAUGGACUCGAAGACGCACCGCGAGCUUGUCUCCCACGUCGGCCAGCAGCACGUCAAGCACUCGCGUAUGAAGAUUCUCGACGACAUUGGCGACUCGGACAAGGUCGCCGAGCUGCUGGCCCGUGCCGCACCCCAGCGUGCCGUCACCAAGCCGACGACAACGACGAGGACAAACAGGCCACGCGCAGCGGCCGAUUCCCUCGGUGGCCGUCGUGGCGGCCGGUUCAAGCGCGCCGACACGGAAGAGAGCGACGGCUACGGCAGCCGCGAGCGCCGGAACGCGCGUGACAGGGAGCGCGAGUAUGACGAGGACGACGGGUUUGUCGUUGCCGACAGCGAUGACAGCGAUUCGGGCGCCAAGGGCAAGUCUUCCAAGAAGGGCAAGCGCCGUGCCCGCUCGGUUGACAGCGACGACAUGGACGCGAUGGAGCUGGCCGACCGGAGGAUCGAGGAGUUUGAGCGUGACCGUAAGAGGCACAAGAGCGGGAGCAGCAAGAGCAGCAAGAAGAGGAAGGCUACUACGGGAUACGACACGACGGACGAGGAGGACGCCGAGGGUGAGGUUGCAGAGGAAGAGGAGGAGGACGCCGAGGAGGAAGAUGAGGGUGACAUGGAUGUUGAGAGCGAGGAAGAGUAG